UCCAAAGCCGCUGGUUAACUGAGCUGAUGGAAGAGGAAGGGUGGACUUGUAGUUAAGGCACCAUACUGCAACUUGGGCCGGCUGGGUGUAAUUCAUAGCAGUGCCCCAGCCUUCCUGUUUCAUCCUGGGGAUAGGAGUCCAUUUCCCCCGCUCUGUGGCUGUCUUGGCUAUAUUGAUUGUAAGCUCUUUGGGGCAGGGACUGUCUCUUAGCCGUGUUGUUUGUAUGGGGCCUAGGACAGUGGGCCCCUGAUCUUUGUUGAGGCUGUGACAGCAUCCACCCUUACCCCUUAUACACAAUUAUAAUAAUCUUUGUACAAGGUGUGCCUUGUAAGGUAUCAUUUGAACACUCCUAAUUUGCUGAUGUAUGAUAUUAACAACACAGUUUCCAAACCACACAGCGCUGCCCAGGCAAAAGUCUGUCCCAAACAAAGGAAUGUGUGCUUGCCUUAAUUUGCAUUCAAGUGGGAAACAGAGUCAUUAAGCAGAAAGAGAAAACAAAAGAAGCUCAAACAGAGUAAAUCUUAGAAGAAAGAUCUAUGAAAUACUAUUGAAAACAGGAGGAUCUGAUUGGACACUGACCAGGCUCUCUUUGCUCACAGAAAACAGCUCUACAUCCCUCCCCUUGGAGCACAUGGAACAACCAGACUUUCUGCAGCUUUUUAACAGGGCUGUCGCGCGCACACAUACACAAAGGAGGAAAUCAUGGAGCAGAGCAGGUGUUCAAAAAGCAGGGGUUAGUGUUUGCAGGGCAGGUAUGUGAAGAACUGUACUGACUCCAGCUGCUCCCUGUUACAAUGUGAGCACGUAUAAUGUCAGACCUUCUACAAGAUCAAACAUAAGCAGAAAAAUCCAUACAAACUGAAUUCUUAGUCUUGUGGAACUUUGAGAUGGAAAAGACCAAUUAACUAUUCAGUCCAUCUGAUGAUACGUGCAGGAUGCACCCUCCUUGAGUCAUUGCCAAUUGUUAUUGGAUCUAAACAAAUAAAAUAAAAUGCUUUUUGAAGAAGUGAAGGGAGUGGGAAGUAGAAUCAACUUCCCAUAUUUGGUUGCUAUGCAGCAGAAAUAAUUUAAAUACUUAAACUGUAGCUAAUAAGGAAAGGAAAUAUAUGUGUGGCCACCAAUUCAUUCAAAAAGUAUCAGGAGACUAAACCAAUCCCUUUCUUCUGUGUUAUGUGUAAUAAUGAACCUGAACGAGAUGGGAGACCUCUCUGCUCUCAAAUGACUGAAAUAUUUGCUUUUUCCAGAGAAAGAACUGGAGUGAUUCUGCUAGGAUCACCAUUAUUCUGUAUUUACUCACACAUUAAAACUGUCUGCAGUAGUUUGGUUUAACAGGACAAGCAAGGCUGACUCAGGAUCACGUGGUCCAGCUUUUUGAAUGAUUAAAGGCAGUGUGUAUCUGGGGUGCAGAAGAAUAGAAAUUCAUGAAAGAGACAUUAAGAAUUUCAACAGUCUCCCAGGGACUCAUCUUGAGAGAAAAGAAGAAGAAGAAAAAAACCCCAACCCUACAACAUGUAAGUCAGAAAAUGGCUCAGUCAAGCAGGAUCAUGGGAACAGCUUAAAAGAAACUAGUUCCUUCUCCUGGCAGUGUUGCCACUUCUCAAGAGAUUCUCUCUCAAAAUGUUGGCUAGUCCCCAGUGCUUCGGGCUGGAGAACAGGCGCUUACUAAGCCGAUCACAUUGAGGAGAUGUUUCUGUUGGUGGCAGUAGCAGAAGUGCUGUUUGUUCUGGGUUUGGUGUGGAAGUCAGAUUCUCUUUGCUCACCCACUACUUUUUACAAAAACUGCUGGAUCCGACGCUUCCCGGGUCUUCUGAUUGAUCUGGAGGAAUCUCAGAAGAGGGGUGCCCAGGUGCUGAAGAUUUAUGCAGAAGUCACAGCCCAGCAGUGCAGCCGGACUUGCUGCCUUCUGAAGAAUGUUUCCUGUAACCUGGCAGUUUUCUACUUUGAAGCUAUCCAUGAGAACAUUAAUUGCCUGCACAUUUAUUGUCCAGCCUUGGAAAGCUGCAUAUUGAGGGCUGGAACCAAUGUCGUUUUGUACAACAUCACAACAGGGAUUGAUCCGGAUCUUCUUGUUUUUGAAAAAUUGUCUUAUAAGGAUCCAAAUACCCGUUCCUCUUUUAACAAAUGGGAAAGGCAAAACAACUCCAGGACUGCUGAUUCAGAAAAAUGCCAACACAAUAAUGUCACAUUGAGGUCUCUUCUACUCCAGUCUCCAUCUUCUACCACUAGCCAGGGCUUUGUAGCAAAUGAUAGUCACAGCCACAAUUCAAGUGGCUUGGUCCCAAAAACCAAACCAACCACACGUUCAUGGGCAAGGUCUCUACCAUUGGAUGACCAUUUUGCUCAGGAGACGGAUUUGACUUCAGAAAGUACAGGUCUGACAUCUAAUUCAGACAAAAUGAUGUCUGUAUCCACUAAGAUGAUAUCCCAUUUGCCCAGUCCUGCUCGCUUAAACAUCAGUCAGCAGCACUUCAAUGAAACCAAAGGGUACAGUGGCAGGAACUACACUUCGGAUAACGAGGGUCAACAACCUGCUUGGGUGGCAGUGGAUAUAGGUUCCUGGUUUGUCCCUGUGGUGCUUUGCUCUUCUUUCAUCUUCCUUUGCUGUUGUACUGUUCUUCUGGCAGCUGGGCGCUGCAGAAAGAGGAGAGGUCACUAUAAGCCAGUGCGGAGAGGAGAGGCAGGGUCCAGGCAGUGCAUAAAAUAUACUCUUGUAAAGGAUAGUUUGUAAUAGCAGAUACGAAAAGGUAAUAAGGAACUAAAUAACCUGCAUCACUCAUGCUGGUGGAGAAAGAGGCAGCAGCCGUAUUUAGUGAAAUACCACUCUCAGUUUAUUUCUUGGGGGUUUCCCUUUGGAGAUUUUGAACUACUUUUUGGCAGAUGUCUCAGCAGCUUUUGAGAACACUGUCGACUAAACAUCCUGUUAUGAUUCUCUUUUUACUAUCCACUGAUCCAAAGAGAUAUAGGGCCAAAUUCUAGUCACAUGUACUUGCCCACAACUUCCACUGAACUCGGAGGUAUUUGUGCAUACCUUUGUUUAUAAUUUGAUCCAGAGUAAUUUAUUUAUUGCUAGAAUCCUUUCCUAACUUCUCUGUAGAGACAAUGGGCUUGAUUCUCCACUUCCUCUGUGUGUAUUCUUUGCCCUGCCGUACUUUAUAGAACAUGUGUAAAGCAAAUGUAAAAUGCAACCAUAUCAGAAAAGCAGCAUUUUACACUUACUUUGCCUAAGUCUUUAUGGAAAGAAAAGGUGCAAGGUCAUAGAGAAUCAGACCUAGUUACUGUUAGAUCAUUAAUAUCCUGAACAACAGCCGUAAGUUUAAAACAGUGGAAAUUAGAGUUUGAAAACAGUUAUCUAUUUAACCAUCCAGGACAGGAUUGUUGCUACUGUAAUUCCUUCAGUUCUUUGUUUUAAAAUUAUUCUGGUGAUGGGACUUCCACAGUCUUUUAGGCCUUAUUAUUAGGAAAUAUACUUUAAUAUUUAGCCUAUAUUUUCCUUUGCCUGUUGCAGCAUUCUCAAUUGCCAAUUCCCUUUUAGGCAUUUCUAGCACCAUGCUCUCUGGUCCCCUUCCUAUCCUAGAUGCAACGCUGUCUUUCACCUCCUCCCAAGCCAAUAGCCCUCCGACUUGGUAAAGCUCUCCAUAUCCUACAAAUGUCAAACACCCCAAAGUCCCCACUCCUCCACAAGAUAAUUGACUGAGUCUCUUGACACUAUAGCAAAACACUCAUUUAACUCUUAAUCGUGUCUGGGCUACUGUUUCCAUUAAAAGGGCCUCUACUUCUGUUCUCAGAGUAAAUCCCAGAGACUGGAUCUUUUGCCUUUCCCCUGGCAAAAUGAGCAUGAGGUAUUUUAGCCAGACAUUUGUCAUUCUCCAUGAAACACUGCCCUCUUGCACCACCUCAGACACACAUUUCUUGUCCUUAUCUGUGUGACCGGGGUCCCAGUGGGGGCCAGCUGUCGUCACUAAACUAGGGUGAACCCCAAAGAAUGGGGCAGACAAUCCCCAAAAAGCUGGUGGACAUUCCAAUACUUAGAUUUACCAAGCCAGCAUAAAAUAGCUUCUUUAUUACCUCACUGGUUACUCAGAAGUCCAAACAACACAGUUCCCUUAAAAUGAUCCAGCCUCAGGCCUCCAUCUAGGUACCUAAGUCAAAUAUGAUGAUUUCUGAAAAUCUUAUUUCAUCAUAUAAAAGAAAAGGUUCUACCAAUCCCAAAGGAUCGGACACAUUGCCUUCCAGGUUAAUGAUGUUUCAGAUCUUACCCAAAUGCAUGCUACAGCCAAUUCUUAUUAACUAAACUAAAAUUUAUUAAAAAACAAAAGAGAAAGAGAGUAUGGUUAAAAGAUCAAUAUACAUACAGACAUAGAGUUCAAUUAAUUGAGGUUCAGAUUCAUAGCAGCGAUGGUGAGCUUUGUAGUUGCAAAGAGUUUUUUCAGAUAUAGGUUAUAGUCCAAUGCCCAAAUUUCAUAUUCAGGGUGUACCAGCAUAACUGGGACCUCAGUCUUGCGAUUCAAACUUCCCCCGAUGAAGCUUAAGCAGACCUAAGAUGACCGAAUCAGGACCCAAGCAUCUUUUAUACGAUUUCAUGUCCUCUUUGACAAUUUGGGAGUUCCUCCAGGAACAAAAGGUAAUUAGGAUGACUUGAAGGGAGGUCCAUCACUGGUACUUAGCUAUAGAAUUAACAUAAGGCAAUUUGCUUGUUCCUCCACCAUUCACAGAUUAUUUGCUAUACAUUUCAAAGAGAGAUGAAAACUGAGAUAUCCCAUGUUUACAAUUCAUUUAAAUACUAGGAUGUUCUUUUGAUCUCUGAAUUAUAAGAAUAGAACAUAGACAGGGACUGUUGAUUAUAUUGUCAACACUACUCAUACAUAUGUAAGUACACAGAAACACAAACAUUAUCUCCCCACAUGUCUUUUGAGGGUUAUUUAUUUUGCAGGAUUUAUUUAUUUAACCCUUUCUAGCCAUGCAUCACAAUCUGCAAAGCCUUUCACAAUUUAGCCCCUCCCCAUCCCUCCCCAAGCUAUUACCCCCUGCUUCACUCUGUCAGUGAGGCCAGCCUCAAUUCUCUGCCCACUUCUUUCACAAGCACCCUUGUGCUUUCUCCCAGGCUGCCUCCUUCAAGUCUUUCCCCUCCUUCAAGUCUGUCCUCAAACUCUCAUGCUCUGUAUGAAUGCUGAGAAAUACAAUCUUAUAAUGGCUAGGUAGGUGGCAAAUUGUGAUUACUGCUCAUGAUUGGGUAAGAUUAUUUGUGUUAUUCCAUAUCAUCUACACUGUUUAUGUCAGAUCUUUUGGACUGUGAGCUCUUUGAGGAAGGGACAGUUACUAUAUGUUUGGAUAGCAUAUACCACAAUGGGGCUCUGAAAUUGUAGGCCUUUAGAAACUUCCAUGAUAUAAAUUAUAAAUAAUAAAUAAAAAUAACACUUCCUGUUCUGCACUGUAUACUCUAUUCCUGUGGUUUUCAACCUCUUUUUAUUUGCGGACCCCUAAAAUAUUUCAAAUGGAGGUGCAGACCCCUUUGGAAUCUUAUACGUAGUUUGCAGAUCCCCAGGGGUCCACAGACCGCAGGUUUAAAGCCACUGCUCUAUUCAUUAGAAUGGCCCUUCAAUGCCCAGUGUAUUUUUCAAACCAAGUUACUAGAUCAGCAGGGUAGUAAGCUGCCACCUUACCUUACACAAGAAGUUUGGUUAAUGAACUUAGGCAAAUACAUUUUCACCAGUAACCUGGACUGUUCAUCUUUUAAACUGGUUGAUGUUUCAGAGUUCAUCAAUUUCUUUACUUUCUGUCAGAAGUAACUUGACCUGUUCUCUUGAACAAAGAGGUGUAAAAAGACACAUUGGUUCAAUUUGUGUUAUUGUAUUAAAAUCAUGUUCUUAAAGUAAAGUUUCUGUCCACUAUACUUGUAUACUUGUGAUAAGAUACACUGACUAAAGUUUAAUUAAUGAGCUGAU